CAACCCAACUCACCACUUCAAUCCAUUUGAUCAUUUCAACUUUUCAACAUGGCAUUACUCAACACCAGAUCAGUCUUAAUGGCUUCACGCCUACAAUCUCAAUCUAUCAGAUCAUUCUCUUCUACUCCUCUUGCUCACGAAACCUUGAGAGAAAUCGAAUCUAGAUUAAAAUCAGUUCGUAACAUUGGAAAAAUUACUAAAUCCAUGAAAAUGAUUGCAACUACUAAACUUAAUAAAGCUCAAAGAGCCAUGAACGACGCAAAAGCUUAUGGUGCAGCUAAUGGAAUCGUCUUUAAAGAAUCUGAAGCUGGAUCCGAUUCAAGUAACCAGAACACUGAAGCCGGUAAAACUUUAUACAUCGUCGUUAGUAGUGAUAAAGGUUUAUGUGGUGGUAUUCAUUCUAGUGUAGCUAAGAAAGCUAGAAACGAACUAGGUGUAGGAAGUGAAGCUCAGAUUGUAGUAGUAGGUGAUAAACCAAAGGCUCAAUUAAGUAGAAUGUUACCCAAGAAUAUCGCUUUAUCAUUCAAUCAAAUCGGUAAAGAAGUACCUACCUUUGCGGAUGCAUGCGUGAUUGCUGAUCUCAUUGAAGAAAAGAAGUAUGAUUUUGAAAAGGUGAAAUUGAUUCAUAAUCGUUGGAUCAGUGCCUUGAGUUAUGAAUCUACCAUCUUAGAGGUUUAUAAUGCAGAUGCAUUAAAGCUGGCUCCAAAGUUUGCGGCAUAUGAAGUUGAAGAUGAUCAACUUGUAAAAGAUUUAGCUUCAUUUGCUUUAACUAACGCAAUCUUUACUGCAUUAGUGGAAGGUUAUGCAACUGAGAUUUCGGCCAGAAGAAAUGCCAUGGAUAAUGCGACAACUAAUUCUCAAACGGUCAUUGGUGGUUUACAAAUGAAGUUUAACAGGAUGAGACAAUCUAAGAUCACCAAUGAUCUGGUAGAUAUCAUCACUGGUGCUAAUGCACUUUAGAAUCAAAUCAAAUAUCGUAACAAAAAAGUAUUAGGUUGAGAAAUGUUUUUAGAUCUAUUUUGAAUUUGUAUCGAAUGUUUUCUAAACGAUCUAUAAAUCUGAAUCUUUAUUCAAAUCUUGACUCAAGCUUAAAUGCUCUUCUCGUUUUGAUUAGAGAUGAUGAAUUGAGUUUAAAAAAACUCAAAGCGAGGGGUGAUAUCGAGGUGUUUUUUUAAUGAAAAAGUUAUAUAUCAUCUUAUCCCUGAUAUAUAUAUUCUCAAUCAUUUUACACUAGAUCGAAUUACAAAAGUUUCAAGAUAUCACGCUUAUACAUAUCAUCCCUUCCCAUCUUUGGCUUCAACAAACCUAAACUUUUUUUUGAAGAAUUGGAUUCAUUUAUACCUAUCAUCUCUGAGGGGAAAGUUUACAAACCGAAUUCAUGAGUGAUUCAAAAUCUUUCUUUUUUCAUCAAUUUCUGUUUUGGAAUGUGGGAACACAUGUUGUGAGAUGGAAAUCUUACAUGAUCAAUGGGUUUUAGUUGAUCAUACCAAUUUCGGUAUUGUUUCAUGUGAGAUAGAAUGAUUUAUAUAAAGUUGAAUGAGCACUCAUGAGUACAUAGCGGUUUAAAGUAUCUGUACUUUAAAGGAUCGUAUCCAAAUAGGAUAAAAGAGAUGAUGGGUAUAAAUACAAAUCCAAGAUGAAGUUGUGAAAGAAUUGUAAUUUGAAAAAAUCUGAGUUUUCUUAUCAUCUGAAUCCCCUGAUGGUUGUGUUCCUAAUACCAAUAGGAGGGUUUGAAAAUUUAAAUCAACUUCAAUAAUUUCUUCAGUGGAAAGUGGAUUCUUGAUUCUGAGAUUCUUCUUAAGUCCCAUUGUAAAUUCAAAACAGUCAAUUAUGAGUAAAGGUUAAAGACUACAUACAUUUCUAAAUUUUCAAGGAAGUUAAACAUAUUUCUUAAUCAGAUCUUUAUAAUCCUCAUGUUUUCUUGUCUCGACUGGCAAGUUAUACCCGCUUUGAUGUUGAACCUAGUAAGAUUACUUCAAUUGAAUCAUUACUUUGUUGGAUUUUUUUAACUUGAAUAGAACUUCAUGUGAAUUAACAAACUUGAGUAUCAAAAGUGAUUUUCUUUUUCACUGGAGAGGGAACUGAAAGAAAACAUGAUCAAGAUGUAGACUCAGCUACAUAUUUCUACUGCGCGGGUGCGGCUGUAGGUUAAGAGACUUUGAAAAGUUGAUAGACUCGGGAUUCAAGAUUUUAAAAGAGCUGUCAUGAAAGUCGACAUGAAUACAUCAGAACUUAAUUAUCCGAUUAGAGAACAUGAAUGAAGUGGAACAAGAUCCGGUUAAGCCUAAGGGAGUAUGCAACUUCCACAUUAUCAUAUCAAAUCAACUUUGUGUAAUUUUUAUUGAGAGAUCAGAAAUGGAUCACAUAUACUUCACAAAGAUUGGAUCUUAGACUGCAUGGAAGAAAAAGUGUGACAAGAGUUUUAUAAGAUCAUCAAAUGUAAGAGAGAGCCAAAAAAAAGGUAGCUCAACGCGUGCCAAACGGAUAAAAUGGAAAAAAAUCAUCCCGAUUACAAUAACUUGUUGGAGAGCUUGCAGAUUGAAAUCGAUGAUGAUUUCAACUUAAGCACAACAAGAUCCUUUACUCGAAUUUUUACAAUGACAUUCACCGCAAGAACACGUACUACUACCACAAACACAAGUAGCAGCAAGAUUUGAGGUACAACUACAACCAGUUUGUUUGUUACAACUACAACCAUCCAAGUUUCCAACUUCACAUGGAGUACAAGCACAAGCUCGGACAGCUCCGUUCUCGAGCUUCACAUCUGGACAACCACAAGCAGGCAUGAUGAUGAUUGAAAGGUUAAGAAGACGUUAAAGUGGUGUAUAAAAAGUGGCAACAAUGUUUACUGGAAGAUAUCGAAGUAUAAGAUGUUAUGAAUGAUUU